AUGGUGCCAUGGCAUCAUAAAGGCAAUUUAAGUGUUAUGGCUUCAUGGCCCGAUGUUAUUCUCAAUCCGAAUACGAAUCCUAUCGGUUAUGAAAAUUGGUUAUGGACUGCUCCACUACAUUACAUUCGUAUACCUGAUUGGAACUGUUCAUAUAUACCUGAACGAGAUUGUUUACAAGAUCGAUGUAUUGAAGGUGCGUUAAAAAAUUAUACGAAGCGCAUCGUCGCUCCGUUAGGUGGACUAAUUGAUGAAACACAACGACAAGAGGCUCUAUUCUUUCUUCUUCAUUUUGUUGGUGAUAUUCAUCAACCGUUACAUGCCGGAUUCAUUGGCGACAAAGGUGGUACUAUGCUCAAAGGCUACUUUAUGGAUGCAACUCAACAGACUGAUCUUCAUUGGUUGUGGGAUAAUGAUAUUUUAAUGUAUCGCCUGCAUAAACAUUUUGCAUCUAAUGUGGAGCACUAUUUUAAUUAUCUUUAUUCGCUUAUGAUCAAUCAAUCGUCUACCGCCGAUAUAAAUAGUGACAAAGAUUACAAGGCAUGGAUUCGAGAAGAUAUUGAAGUUGUCUGUUCGCAAAUCUAUAUCGAUGACAACAAUCAACAUUUCAAUGAUUCGUUCAAUUUGAGUCAACACUAUUUCGAACGACAUUAUUCGUUGAUCGACAAACGAAUCGCUCAAGCUGGCCGUCGUCUUGGCAUUCUUCUCAAAAGUUUGAAACUGGAACAGCCGAAUUCAUCAUGUAUUACACUUUGUUCUAAUACGAUUGCUGUCAUUGUCAUACUCUGUAUUCAGUCUAUUCUUAGUAUCGACAUAUGA